AUGGGUUUGUUGGCUAGGGAGUUGGCAAGUGUACUUCAGGAAUCUAUGAAUAUUUUGAGGGCUAAAGAAACGGCACGAGCCGCCGUAGGAGAGACUACAUCCUCUUCCAUGGCUAAUGAGUUCUUUAAAUCUAACCCUAUGGAGUUUUAUGGCAGUGCUAAUCCACUUCUAGCGGAUAGGUGGCUUGAACAAAUAGUGAAGACGUUUGAAGUGUUUCACAUAGUGGAUGAUGAACUUCAGGUUACGUUGAGGGCUUUUCAAUUGAAAGGGGAUACUGGUCAAUGGUGGAGAUAUGCCAAAGACCAUAUAGUGCACACAUGGGAGGCCUUCACUCAUGCCUACCAAAAGAAGUACCUUCCAUCCACAGCUAGAGAGCGUUUGAGAAGACAGCUUGAAGAGCUCGAAUAA